AUCAUUUUAUGUCAAACGUGUUUCUUUCUGUUCUAAUUGUCAAAAACCGGCGAUAGAUGCAUUUUCUAUAAAUUUUGCUAAUUUUUAAUAGAAUAGAAAAGUGUGAAUAUAUAAUCAGAGUGAAAUCUGAUUUAUUAGAUAAUAGAAAUGUAUUUUCAUGGCCUAUUCUUGUUAUUACUAAGUACACUAGCACUAAGCAAUGGGAACACUCUGCAAGGCACCAUAGACAUCAAAAGACUGCAGAAUAUACUUCAGGAAAAUGUGAAGAGCAAAGAUAUCACUGCUCUGUAUUACUCUAUUAAAGGGCUGGCAGAGUUAAACGCUGAUAUUCCUAACAUUUGUGAGAAUCUCAAAACCAUCAAAUAUGAUACCAAGAACAUUGAGCAAGUGUUCCAAUUGGCCAACGCAGCGGCCAUCUCCAACUGCCAGAACUCUUUGAAACCGGACGUCAUCAACCCAGCCACCCAGCUGUUGGAGAAGAAGGAUGCCACCAUACCUGAUAUCUACCAUGCUGUGUAUACUCUGAGGGCUUUUGGUAAAGGCUCAGUAUAUGAUAAGGAAGAUGCCUUGAAGAACCUUAUUCAAUUGUUGAAGAAGGAUGAUUCUCCAGCUAACUAUGGCUACGUGUUCGCGCUAUGCGAGCACAUGGGCUGCGGCGCGUGGACGGCGUCCCACGCUGAGGGCGUGCUGCUGGCGGCUGACGAGAGCGACUCCAAAGCACUGCACUUUGAGGGAGGCCUGCCCGUCACUGCUAACCUGCUUGGUAGUAUUCAAAGGACUUACAAAAACCUGAAGAAGCCAUCUCCCCUGACUGAGGAGCAGAGGUACAAGUUCGCCGAGUACCUGCUGUCCAGGAGAUCAGUUAACACACCUAAGGGUGCCUCCUUGUUAAUCGAAGCCGCCACCGCUCUCGCUGACGAUGUGCCAUCGCCCAUCAGCAUCGCAAUCAAAGGCAAGAAGUACAUCACCUCCGACUCAGAUACCAUCGAGUUCUCAAUCUCCGACCUCAUUGGUCGUCCCGUCAAGUUCCUGAAGCCCGAAGAAGUGGUCGCUCAAUCUGGCACUCGCCUAGCUGAUGACGUCGUUGUCCUAUCUAAACAACCCCUAACACAGAAAGCUAACGAACCAACGACUUUCGUCCUUAACCUUAGCAAGAUUAAGGCUCAAUAUGGCUUGUACAAGAUAGCGUUAAGCGCUGGAACAAAGACAGCUAAUGUGAAUGUAGCAGUUUUGGGUGAGAUCCAAGUGACCAGUGUGGAAGUUGGUAUCGGCGAUGUGGAUGGAACUACGAGCCCUAAGUUGACGACUGUGGCUUAUCCUAAUAAGCUGACUGAGAAGCUCCAGGCUGAUCAUUUGCAGAAGGUAACGCUAAAAUUCAGCGUGCGCGACAAAUACAACAAGGCAGUGUUGGUACAGCAAGCGUUCGUACGAGUCGCCACCGCUUCAGGAGACCACGAGACCAUCUUCGUGGCAGAGCCUGAUAAUGCUAAGGCUUACAAAGUCGAACUUAACGUGGGCGGCAUCGCCAAGCACCUGAACUUCGUGUCGGGCGGCUACUCGCUGACGAUGUACCUGGGCGACAGCGCCGUGUCCAACCCCAUCGCGUGGCACAUCGGAGAGGUGCUCUUCAACUUCGGCAAGGACGCUAAUGCUGUUGGUGCCCCAGUAACGUCAGCGCCGGCCACGUACCGCGGCCUGCUGCCCGAGAUCGCGCACAUCUUCCGCUCGCCCGAGGCGCGGCCGCCGCGGCUGGUGUCGGACGUGUUCGCGGCCGCCUGCGCCGCGCCGCUGCUGCUGCUGCUGCUGCUGUGGGCGCGGCUCGGCCUCAACAUGAGGAACUUCCCUCUCACGCCCAGUGCGCUGGUCUUCCAUGUCGCUUUGGGAGCUUCCCUCGGCCUGUACGGCGUGCUAUGGCUGCAGCUGUCGAUGUUCGACACGAUGCGCUACCUGCUGCCGCUGGGCGCGCUCACCUUCCUGUCGGGGCACCGCCUGCUGCGCCGCCUCGCACACGACAAGGCCACGCGCUAAGCAUCAUGUAUCUGUAGUACGACCAGUGUGUCUUGGCCAUUGUGGUAGACGAAGUUCAUGAGUCCAUCUACAUUUCCUAAAUUCACGAGAAUAUUGCUCGAUAUGUAUAUGUUAGGUCACAUUUGUUCGCAAUAUUUUCUCUACUGCGCACACAAGGUCUUAUGCCAAGGUAUUAUGGUCAUACUAUACGUAUACAAUACAUAGUUACACAAAUAAAGUAAGAGGAUGCUAGUUCUAUUUGCUGUGAAUGAUUGAGAUAUGGUCGGGUAUAGUUUGAAUAUUUCACAUAAGUCAACGCGUUUCCGUAGUUACACAAUCUUUUUUUUGUAAUUGUAGUUUUCAAACAACCUUCAGGAUUUUAACAUUACAUCUUGCACCAUUGUUUUAUUUUAUUAGAGGCAAAUAAGACUUAUUGUUAUAGCAUUUAUUUCUAUCGAGGUUACGUAUAAUGAAGCAGGGGCGGAUCCACCGUUGUGGGCACGAUGGGCAUGCCCACAACCUUAUUAGACUUGUGACAUCACACUAGUACGGUUUUUUGAAAUCGAUAGGCUGAUGAUAACACAAGGAAACAAAAUAAGACUUUUUUUUGUUGCAUUUAAUUUUAUGACUGCUGUUUACUAAUUCGAGGUCACCAUAUUUUUUUUCUAACAGCUUUAGUUUUUGAGGCAGGUACUUUUGUGUCCCAAAACACACAAAAAUUCACACUCGCUACGCUCGCCGCUUCUUCACUUUGCGGUGGUUUAAGUCCAAUGUCGAAAACGUUAGAUUAAGUUAAAAUUGAAAGUAGAAAAGGAUAGCAUCCCCAUAACGCCCUCUUUCAGCGCUUUCUGGUUAAGAAGAAGCGGUGAAGAACAAAACAAACUUCCCAGCAACGCAGCUGUCUAUUAUAAUAAAUUAUUAUUUACAAUAAUCACUAUUUUACAUUUUUUGUUGUUUUGGUACAGGGGCACGAUUCUCCUAAUUUUACUUAAAAACAUUUGAUUUACGUUCGACUGCGAUCCAAUCCCGACUCGAUUACGAUUGAAACGUAAGUGGCAUUCCGCUAUUUUUUCUUUGAAAUAAACGAUUUAUCCUUUUCUGUCAUUCGACAGAUCGUAAUAAUGAAUCAUUUUGUCUGCAAAUUAUUAACUAUUGCAAUAUGAUUGUAGAGCAAACUACCGUAUAGACCAAAAUCACCAAAAUAGCAGACCAAUCGCACACCAAUCAAAUGUCAAUCGAAUACAAUUGGUCUUUUAUUAGUAGCAGAAUGCCCGAUAUGGUUAAAACUGCUAUUGGGAUCAUAUUGCGAUUCGAUUUCUAUUAGAUUUUGACAUUAUUAACUUAGGAGAAUCGGGGCCCUGUUUUGUUAGAAAACUCAAAAAAUUUCGCGCUCGCUGCGCUCGCGCUUUUUUCACUUAACACUGCCUGCUUUUUUACUUGUUUGGCUGAUUUCGUGUCCCAAGACUCCAAAAUUUUGCGCUCGUUACGCUCACAGCUUCUUAAUUUCACAGUACUUUUUCUAUCAUUUCCUUAGGUAUGUUUGUGGCACAAAACUUAAAAAUUUCGCGCUCGCUGCGCUUGCGCAACUUUAUACUGCUGCUACUAUUUAGCUGUGACCACAACCUUUUUUGAGGGCUGGAUCCGCGCUUGUAAUGAAGAGCCACUAUGCAAUGUGCACGUCAAGGCAAAGUCACAUUCAAUGCGCAAUUUAAUUUAUCGAUCUCCACAUAUUUCCAAUGACUAAACGAUUAUUAUAUGUAUGUGUGCUGUGUUCUGUUUAAACACCAGGAUGCAGAAUUAUAUUAAAAUUAAUGCGACUUUCAUUUGUUGCGGUCAUUCAAGAACUCUACGGAAAUGUUAACCACUUGCAAUAUUUAAAUGAUAGGUACCGGUAUUCAAUUCAGUAGAGUUUUUGUAUAACUCAAUGAAAUCAGUGUAAUAAUAAUUUUACAUACCUAAUAAAAAUAAUGUGAUUCGUUA